UCUGCCAUAUCCAAAUCGAUCUUGGAUGAGAGCUCAUCAAAUCCAGACCACGUUGGUGGAUAUCGCCUUGCUGCAGCGACAUUCAGCGGCAUCGAACACAAGUUCGGUUUAUUCCUGCCCCGAUUUGAACGGACUGCUGGGAAGUAGACUCGAGCAUAGCGUAGCUUUUAGUUUGUUAGAGUAUCUCAGAUGUUCAAUGUAAAU